UGCGUUAUAUUGGUAGGCUGACUGGAUGUAGUUAAAGGCUCUGGGCCUCACUUGUACCUUGGUCAAAAAUAAACAGCCAAGUUCCCUUAGUGAGUAGCAGUGUUUGUUCUCCGUAUAAGCCUGAGGACACGCCUGUUUCUCUACUACCAGUGACAGGAAGUGGAGGUCUCAGUGAAUCCAGAGUUAAAAAAAAACCUGACUCAACACACUUGGUAAAAAGUCUUCUGUGAAAGGAAAACUUGGGACGGGAGGUUUCUCACACAAACAAAACGCUGAAUAAUUUUCCUCUGCUGUGGAGUGAUAGAAGAAAUAUGGCUGCCUCAGAAAAGUGUCUUGCGUCCUCUGCCUCAGCAACAGUGGUUGUGAUUCAGCUACUAAUACUUCAGGUUGCCUUAAUAGGAAACAUUUCCUGUGGGAAUGUGCUUAUUUGGCCAGCGGAAGCCAGUCACUGGCUAAAUGUUAAGGUCAUCAUUCAAGAACUGCUACACAGAGGUCACAACGUCAGCAUUCUAGUUCCAACGUCAGCACUCUUAAUCAAACCCAGUGAUGAUAUAUCAGCGGCUAAGUUUGAGGUAUUUCCAGUGUCCUAUGGAAAGGAUGAGGUCGAUUCCAUUUUCUCGAACGCCAUAUGGGCAUGGGUGAACAACAAGCCAACCACUCUGACCUUCUACUGGUUUUACAAAGAGCUGGGGAAAGAGGUGGGGAAAAUGGUUGACUUACAGAAGGACAUAUGCGAAGCGCUUCUGGCCAAUAAGGGACUCAUGGCCCGCCUGGCAAAGAGCAAAUACGAUGUGCUUCUUUCAGACCCUGUGGCGUUCGGUGGCGACCUGAUUGCCUUGAAACUGGGCAUCCCAUUUAUGUACACCUUGAGGUACAUGCCAGCCUCAACCAUAGAAAGACACUGUGCGAAGAUACCUUCCCCUCCUUCGUAUGUUCCGGCUGUUUUGUCUGAGCUCACAGACAGAAUGUCAUUUGGAGAAAGGGUGAAAAACGUACUAUCUUGCCAUCUGCAAGACCAUGUUUUCCAGACUUGGUUUGGAGAGUGGGACUCUUAUUACAGUCAGGUUUUAGGGAGACCCACAACAUUAUGUGAAGCGAUGGGGAAAGCAGAGAUCUGGUUGGUCCGCACCUACUGGGACUUCGAAUUUCCGCGGCCUUUCCUACCAAAUUUUCAAUUUGUGGGGGGUCUGCACUUGAAGCCAGCCAAGCCUUUGCCAGAGGAAAUGGAAGAAUUUGUCCAGAGUUCAGGGGAACACGGCAUUGUCGUGUUUUCUCUGGGCACUUUUUUCCCAAACUUAACAGAUGAAAAGAGUAACAUGGUUGCAUCGGCACUCAGCCAACUUCCACAGAAGGUUCUUUGGCGCCACAAAGGGAAACGGCCAGAAACCUUAGGCGAAAACACCAGGAUUUAUGACUGGAUACCACAAAAUGAUCUUCUUGGACACCCCAAGACCAAAGCCUUCAUAGCACAUGGUGGGAUCAAUGGGAUUUAUGAAGCCAUUUACCAUGGCGUUCCCAUAGUGGGGAUUCCUUUAUUUUCUGACCAGCACGACAAUAUUGUACACAUGAAGGCAAAGGGGAUGGCUGUGGAACUGGACCUUCAAACAAUGAAAGCAGAAGAUUUGUUGGAAGCUGUGAAGGCUGUGAUACACAAUCCCACGUAUAAGGAAAAUGCAAUGAGACUGUCACAGAUCUACCAUGACCAACCGAUAAAGCCACUGGACCGGGCUGUCUUUUGGAUUGAGUUUGUCAUGCGCCACAAAGGUGCCAAGCACUUGAGAGUAGCCGCGCAUCAUUUGACCUGGUACCAAUAUCACUCCCUGGAUGUCUUCGUCUUCUUGAUCAGUUGCAUGGCAGUCGUCACAUUUAUUGCUGUUAAAUGCUGUUUAUUUUGUUGUCGGAAAUGUGGCAGGGUCCUUAGGAAAACCAAAACAGAGUAGCUUCUCCUGGGACUCAGCCGUCAUUGUUUCACUUGCGUUAUUUGGUAUGCU